UAAUAAUAAGAUAAUUACAUUUUUUAGAUUUUGUACAUUGAUGUUUGAUGAAAUUUGUUUGAGCAGUGGACUACACUACAAUUUAACAUCUGACCAAAUUGAUGGCUUUGUUGAAAAUGACACGACGAGAAGCCAAGAAUACGCUGAUCAUGCAUUGGUAUUUAUGGUGCGUGGAAUAAAAAAAAAAUUUAAGCAACCAGUGGCAUAUACAUUUUGCCAAGGAGCUACAAAACAACAUGAACUGGCAUGUCAGUUGAAAGAAGUUAUUAAACAAGUAAACAAAGCGGGCUUACAAAUAUUGGCAACUAUUUCUGAUCAAGGGCGAACUAAUGAAGAAGCAAUUAAAUUUUUAAAAACUGAAACCAGGGGUGCUUACAUUAAAAGGAAUGAAGAAUAUAGGGAUGAUAUUUAUGAAAUAGAACUAGACGACCACAAAACCAUGAAGAUAGUUCAUAUUUUUGAUGUCCCCCAUUUAAUGAAGUGCAUACAUAACAAUUUACUUACGAAAGACUUGGUAUUUUGUAUGGAUGGGAACAAAGGACGUGCAAAAUGGUCACACAUUCGAGAACUCUAUGAAAUUGAUAACGCUAUACCAGACUGUAAAAUGUUGCCCAGAUUGACUGACCGACAUGUUGUGCCUGAGAAGAUACUAAAAAUGAAAGUGAAAUGUGCGACACAAGUAUUUUCUCAACAUGUAUCAUCUAUAAUGCUGUUUUUAGCCUGUAAGUGUUAACAAU